AUGGCCGACGUCACGCGGGACGACCGCGGGCAACGACGCGCGCGUCUCCUCCCCUCGGCUGACGCGGUCGUCUUCCUGCACAGACACGUGCGCCGUGACCUGGCCAACCUCCCACUCGGGAAACGGCCUCCGGGCCAGAUCUGGGUGUGGGGCUGCAUGGAGCCUCCUCCCUAUGCUCACCUGCCCAGAGGUCUCCACACGGUCUUCAACUGGACACUCACCUACAGGCCGGAUUCGGAUGUCCCCACCCCGUACGGAUGGCUGGAGCCCCGGGAGGAGGGUGAGGAGGGGGGGGAGCCUCCGUGUGGCUCCGCCCUCAAAUCGGCACGAGCCACCAACCUCAGCGCCUACGCCUGCUCCGGCAAGAGCGAGCUGGUGGCCUGGGCCGUGUCCCACGGGGGCGCCGCGUCUGGCCGCGACGCCUACCACCGCGAGCUGGCGCUCCACCUGCGCGUGGCCGUGUACGGCCGCGGCGCCGGGCGCACGGCCCUGCCCCAACUCCCCGCGGCGGCGGGGGGUACGGCCCCGGUCCUCUCUCGCUACCUCUUCUACCUCGCCUUCGAGAACGCGCGCUCCCGCCACUACGUCACCGAGAAGCUGUGGGCCAACGCCCUCGGCUCGGCGGCCGCCGUGCCCGUCGCCCUGGGGCCCCCGCGGGGCGACUACGAGAGGGCGACGCUGCCGCCCGCCGCCUUCCUGCACGUGGACGACUUCGCGUCGCCCCGCGAGCUGGCGCUUCGCCUGCGGGCGCUGGCGGCCGACGGGGCGGCGUACGGGCGCAUGCACGCGUGGCGGCGGCGCUACCGGGCGCGGAGCGCGCGCGGCUGGGACGAGCGGCUGUGCGCCGUAUUUCGCUUCUCCAUCUCCGCAGCGGACGUUCCCCUACUCCAUGCGCUUUUCCCACCAUUGGCUACCAGGGCGGUCACUUUCAACGACCCACUGGGGGCCCUUUUAAUGGUAGCCUUGACGGUGUUCCGGUCAAAGCCAAAACACGCGUAA